AUGAAAUAAAAAAGAGAAGAGUUUAGAUAAUAAAUUAGAAAAUAGGCAAAUGAAAAAAUUUUUUCGCAAGUUAGAGGAUUGAUUUAGAGAUCCGAUUAAGAGUAGAAUUAGAUGGUUACAACAGAAAGCGAAUUUUUCCAAGAGCUUACUUUGUAAAUUAAAAAGGAUUUUGAUGAAAAAAGUUUACUAAAAAUUUUAAAAAAAUGGGAGGACAAUUUUGAUAAAAAAUAGUUGCAAAUCCUUUUAUUUAACUAAGAGUUUCCUUAUUUCAAAUUUCUAAUUGCAAAUUUUAAGAUGACAAAAAAGUAUAUUAAAAUUUUGAUUUUCAUUUUUGUGGCAAUAGAGCAUGAUAUCUCUGAAGUUCAUCAUGCUUUGUAUUAAUAUUAACUGCUUAGUCAACUGCAAAGUAAUUUUGAGAAAGUGGAUUAAGAGAUGUAGUAAUAAAUAAUGUUUCUAUUCAGCGUAUUAGUACAAUAUUCGCAAUUAUAUCGAUUGGCUAUAAAAAACUCAAAUGUAAUGGACAUUGUUGUUACUUAAUUCAUAAAUUAAAAGAUUGAUAGUUUCACAUAGAAUUAUAUCGAAUGUUUCCUCUUUAUGAUUUGGUCCCUAAUAAAUCCAGACAUUUCAUCAAUGUCUGAUUUAUUUGAGUGGUUGUUUGACUGUCUUCUCAAUUUAAAUGCAGCAUUGGUUGACUUUUAAUCUGAAUAUUUAUUACCUAUCAUUUUCAAGGCUGCAUCUUAAUUUACAUUUUGCCGAGAGAAACUGUUUUAAAAGAAUAUGAAUUAGAUAAUAAACUAAUUACUAUCCUACAACAGAAACUAAACAAUUUACUUAGAAUUUUUAGACUUCUUAAAUAAUUUGUUAAUGCAGUAGCCAGACAUUUUUGCUGAGUUUUUCAUAUAAAAUUGUUGGAAUGUCAUUAAAUAAAUAUUGACUUAAAGUGAAUUUAUUUAGGAGGCUAAAAUAAGGGCAGGAUAUAUAAUAUUGGAGGCUGUGAAUAACAGGGAAAUAGAAGAAUUUUUGAAAGGAUAAGACAUUCUAAAUGAGGUUUUGAAUCUCGUACUCUAAACAUAAAAUUUUGAUGUAAUGUGGAAAUUAAUAAUUUAGUUAAUUUAGGUUUACUUUAAUUUACUUUAGGCUUUACUAAUAUAAGAGUAAUGCCAAUAAAAUCAAAUGGAUAAAUUGGCUUAAGGGAUAGUCCACUCUGUCACACUAACAACUGAAGUAUUUAAAUAAUGA